AUGCAAGAUGUCACCAUUGACACUGGAAGACCGUUGAAUGCUCGGAAUCUGAAGAGCAUGGGAAUCAUUAAUCAAGUUAGAGCCAAACCAACACUUGAUACCUCCUGGGAAACACUCAGAGAUCAGAGGGAGAUUCCUAACGGACUCUACUUGUUCUCCAAGAUUGACCCUCCAGAGGUAGUAUCCUACUAUCUACAGGAUCUUGCCAAUCAAGGGGUGGAUAUCUCUGACUUCACAGUGGACUGGCUUCCUGAGCAUCCACCUAACUUCAUGAAGAGGAUGCGAGAUCCCUCUGAGAAGUCCAAGAAGGCGAAGAAAGCUAAGCUGGGAGAAUCCUCUAGAUCAAGACCCAUAGUUCCUCUGGUUGGCUCUCCAGGUAAGUCUGUACCUCUCUCUCGCUCUGUCAAAAUUAAACCAAUUGCUUCUUCUCUUCCCCAAACAACUCCCAUAUACACCUCUUAUGAAACUCCUCCCUCAACCACCAGAUCCUCUAACCCACCCUCUCUUAAAUUCAACCUCGCUACCACCACAUUACCCGUUUCAGAAGCAGAAAUACUAAAUGAAACCACUUCACUAUCAUCAUCACCAUCUCCUCAAUCCCCACCUUACUACGAACUCUCCUCUGACACCAAACCAUCUGACUCCCAAUCCCCCACUAUGGCUCAGCUACAAACCCGUACUCUGGCCUCUCAACAACCAUCACACUCUGAACCUGCACCAGACUUUCCUUCCCCACCUCCUGAACAUCCAAAUCGCACCACAUCUGAACAAACACCACCACCUACACAACAACCAAUCCACUCUGAACCACAACCAACCCAACCACAAUCUGAACAUCACCCAGAACCUGAACAAACAUCACAAUCACCCUCUGCCAUUCCCACACCCACAACUUCCAUUGCCUCCAUAACUCUCACACUAAAUCUCAGCGCCCUAAACUCACCUCCUCCAUCCUCCCCAGCAUCUAACACUGAAACUAGAGACUACCCUCCCUAUCCUAGAAGAGGCAAUACAAGUUUUUGUAAAGUCUUCAGUAGAGAAGGUCAAGUCUCUAACAAUCAAUUCUGGCAUCAAGACGCUGGUAUUAGACUUCAAGAGCGCUUAGCUAGAGAAGUUGAGGAACGGGCAAGAAAGGAAGCUGGAGAGAAAGCGCGCCAAGAAGAACUUCAAAGAAUUAGACAAGCUGAAGCCAAGGCCGUUGCUGAUGUGGCUGCUACUGAGGCUGAGGCAAAAGCUAAAGCCGAAGCUGAAGAAGCAACUCACAUUUCUGAAGAAGCUGCCAAAGCUAAAGCUGAUGCUCUAACUCAGGGGGAGCACUCCAACUUUGGGUUCGUCCCUCUGGUCUUGAAGACUCUAGAGGAACUGCAGAAAUAA